GCAUCAUGCUUAUCAUGGUUAUCUUUAUCCGUCUUGGGCGAAGAAGAUCCACGAGGAACCUCGAGCAUUUGGCGCGUGGAUCGGGACAGGGAAUUGCGCUAUAAACGCAAAAGAAAUUAUGCCGAGAGUUUUAGUAGUGAAACCAUUUCGCUACCUUCCACAUUUAAUUGAGGACGGUCGAAAAUCGUUGUCGUUCAAACGUGGAAAUAAGUUUAGACGUAGCACAUAGAUUUUGGAUAGAAAGAAAAAGACCUAGUGUGUGUGUGCGUGUCUGUUUGUUACGUGAAAGCACAAAGAGUCUGAAGUGAACGGAAAAAUCUGAAAAAAGUGCAUUAUCAACCAGAAAUGACUUAAAAGAAGAAACUAAUAAGUUCCAUCCGGAGUUCGAAGCAACGGAAACGAAAAGUGACCUUGAUUAAUAAGACGAAAAAUUAACACCAAACGGAAGUCGGAAUCAACCUCCAACCAUAGAAGAGACGACAGCAAAUAAACACAACCGAGAUCCUCCGUGAAAGAAAAAUGAAAUUAAAAUUAUCCUUCGGUGUUGGCUUACAGCUUGUUUGUUGCUUGCUGGGUGUUGCAUUAGUGGCCGACGCUCAGUAUGGUGGUUGUGACUACACGAUCGAUAUCGCCAGUGGACAGUCGUACUCGAUCUACUCACCGUACUACGGUGGACUGUAUCCGCCCUAUACACAAUGUCGCUGGACAUUAACCACUACCCAAGGCUCUCGGAUUUCCUUGUCUUGCAGUGACAUUUCACUUCCAGUGAGCACUUCCUGCAAUGCCGAUCGGUUUAUCGUUUCCAAAAGUGGUGAAAGUAACCUCACAGAUGGUCAAGUUUACUGUGGUUCGGGUGUACUUAACACACAAUCAUCCUUCAAUAGAAUGGUGGUUGCCUUGCAGGUUCCCGCCACUACUCAAGGUGGACGAUUCUUCUGUACUGCUACCAAGAUCGAUUGUCAGUGUGGAGUACGUCGAACGAGAAAAAUAGUGAACGGUGAGGAAACGCUUGUGAACGAAUUUCCCAUGAUGGCCGCCUUGGUGGAUGGAUCGAAAAGUGGCGAAGGCAUCUUUUGUGGUGCGACGAUCAUAACGAACUAUCAUGCUGUAACGGCCGCCCAUUGCUACAUGGGAAGAUCAAUUGUAAACUUGGCACUACUUGUUGGAGAGCACGACAUUACCAUCGGUUCGGAUUCACCCUAUACAGCACUAUUGCUGCUCGCCUCCAUCAAGAUCCACGAGGGAUACAGUAGCUCUACCUCCUCCAGUAGUAACGAUAUAGCGAUCGUACGAACACGCUCAGAGAUCCUGUUCAAUACAGGCGUAGGACCUGUCUGUCUGCCGAUCAAAUUCGCCGGUGCAUCAUUCGUUGGAAUUAAUCUGGAAGCUGUCGGAUGGGGUACGAUCGAUUACGGUGCACCGAAAUCGAACGUUCCAAUGAAGGUUUCCCUAGCGGUUGUUCCACCGACCCAGUGUGCUUCGAUCUAUGCCAACUUUUCCGCCACCCAACAGCUGUGCACACUGACCCCGAGCAAAGACACCUGCCAGAGUGAUUCGGGCGGUCCGCUGUUCUAUACCGAUGCGUAUAAUAUGCGAGCCUAUCUGGUCGGUACGAUCGGGUACGGGAUCGCGUGUGCUACCGAUCAUCCCAGUGUCAGCACGAACGUUCUGUACUACAUGCAGUGGAUAAUGAAUAACACCCCCGAAUGGAAUUACUGUUAUCAAUAAAAUGCAUACGAACAAUCGAUUUCAUUUAACGCAA